GCCUCAUCUGCGCAUAAUCUUUGUCAGGUUUUUGUCGAGACAAGAAAGCUGUUAUUUCAAAAAAUGAAACUGGGGACUUGCAAUCAAGUGGACACGUUAUUAUGACUAUGACAAGUUGUGGACACAUUACAGAGUAUAAGUCUAAAUAUGGAACCAACCAAUUUCGAAUAAUUCAUGCAUAUUUUAUCGCUGCUUCUUCGGAUAAUGCUAGACGAAGAAAGGGCAAGUCAGGGGUGUGCCACACCUGCCGCUUCCCUUCCUUCAGACUACAUGCCUGCCUGUACUGUGUCUAUUUUGGCUGCUAUACAACUAAACAUAUACAUGAGCAUGCCUUUUCAAAAAACCACAAUUUAGCUGCUGACAUGACCUAUGGAACAAUAUUUUGCUUUGAAUGUGGAGAUUAUGUCUAUGACAAAGAGCUUGAAAGCAUUGCUCAAAUUCAGAAUGAAAAAGCUGCCAAAUCAUUAGGAUUAAAAUCAUACAAUUUCAUAGCUUGGGAGCCAACAGAGGUUGAAGUGGAAAUAUUAAGGCAGAACCCCAAGAGAAGAAAAGUUGAAAAUAAAUCAACUAUAGGUUUGAGAGGUUUAAUCAACUUAGGAAAUACCUGUUUUAUGAACUGUAUUGUGCAAUCAUUGAUACAUACCCCGGUGCUACGUGAUUUUUUCCUUGCUGACAAGCACAACUGUCAAAUGACCUCAGUAGAAGCACAACAAUGUCUUGUUUGUGAAAUGGCAAGACUUUUCCAGGAGUUUUAUUCUGGCAAUAGAACUCCCCAUAUUCCAUAUCGUCUAUUACAUUUGGUCUGGACCAAUGCUCGGCACCUGGCAGGAUACGAACAACAGGAUGCUCACGAGUUCUUGAUCGCAGCGCUGGACGUGCUGCAUCGACAUUGUAAAGGUUACUCCGAUAAUAAGUGUUUAUCCAUCAACAAGUUCUUCACAGGAAGGAAUGGAAUGACAUCAGGGAACCCCCAUCACUGUAACUGUAUCAUUGACCAAAUCUUCACAGGGGGCCUACAGUCUGAUGUCACCUGUCAGGAGUGCAAUAACGUGUCGACCACGAUAGACCCUAUAUGGGACAUAUCUCUAGAUCUGGGACCAGGAGCCCCCAUACCAAACGCUCUCCUCAAUGUUAACAACUCCAGCUCAUCUCCAAGUUCAGGUUUUUCAAACAGUCCAGGGACAUAUGAACCUACCUCAUUGUUAGAUUGCUUAAAACGAUUUACCAAGCCUGAGCACUUGGGCAGUUCUGCGAAGAUCAAGUGUAGCACCUGCCACAGUUAUCAGGAGUCAACCAAACAGCUGACUAUGAAGAAGCUGCCUAUAGUGGCCUGUUUUCACCUCAAGAGGUUCGAGCACUCAACAGGCCUCCACAAGAAGAUCUCAACUUUUGUAUCAUUCCCCGAGGAACUGGACAUGACGCCGUUUAUGUCCUCCUCCAGAAACAAUACCAAUGGCUACAGGAAUCAAAUUGUACAGGAAUCUGCCAAAGGUCUUUCAUGUGAUAAUAAGUAUUCAUUGUUUGCUGUUGUGAACCAUAUGGGUACAAUUGAAUGCGGUCACUACACCUGCUUCAUUCGCCAGCACAAGGAUCAGUGGUUCAAAUGUGAUGACCACCUGAUCACCAAAGCCACGCUCAAUGAAGUUUUGAAAAGCGAAGGGUACUUACUGUUUUAUCACAAGCAGAUUCUGGAGUACCAGCAAUGACGGCGGGGGUGACCCCAGGGGGACUAAGUUUAGUCCAUAACUUUGUCUUUCUCGUAGCAUCCAAAUAGUAUUAUAGUCACAGAUUAUCCGUUAUAUUUUAGUACAUUUAUAUCCAUCAUUGUUCUGUAACAGUUCAGUUGCUAGUCAUAUAACACUUACAUUUCAAGGAAAUUGACGUGAACAGCUGAUCAAUGGAAUCGACAUAAUAUAAAUUCAAAAACAGAUCUGGAUUAUUAAGGAAUAUGGGUUGUGCCUGGCAUGACUUGUAGUGAUAUAUCAGACUUAUUAUUUGUCAUGCCUCUUUUUUUUUUUUGUUGCUCAGACUGUGUUUGAUCUCAUAACUAGAGACAGGGAAAACUAUAUGUUGUCAUUUUUCUCUAUGUGUGAAAUGGGCUUUUUGUUAAACUUUUUUUUUUUCAUUUGUUAUUUCUGCAAAUUUACAGAAAAGUACUGGUGUGCUAAUUGGUCAUCUGUUCUUGUUUUAUUCGUGAACAAAAAGAUUUGAAGAAGAAAGAAUAUGUCUUUCAUUGUUUAACUCAUUUUUCUGUGGAAAGUUAAUUCUCCUUCUCACUUUGAAAUUUUAUAUACAAGGUUUGGUUAACCAAUGGUUCAAUAAGGCCCAUGACACUAACUGGAGAAAAAAAUAUAAUAAUAAGCAAUAAGCUUAUGUUUAAGUUUGUAAAAGCUGCAUAAUUUGGACAUGCACAGACAAUUUGUUUUAAAGAAAUGAUUCUCACAUGAUUGUAUUGUACUUAAUGUUGUCUCCAUGUCAACUGAACAAAAAAUGCUAAAAGGAAAAAAAGGGUGCAUACAUUAAUGGUGUUCUGCUAAUUUGAGCACUUCAUCCUCAUGUUGUAAUGUUUGCAUUAAGAAUAGUGCUAGAUAGUUUCCUAAUGUUAACCCCGUGACUUGUAAGAUUUUUGUACUUGUGAGCCUAAAGGACAUGAAGAGAGAGAGAGAGAAAGAGAGAGAGAGAGAAAGAGAGAGAGAGGAGAGAGAGAGAGAGAGAGAGAGAGAGUGUUAUUGUUAAUUGUUGUAAGGUUACUGUAAUGGUGCAUGUUGUGAAUUAACAGCUAAUAGAAAGUGUUUUCAGUCUAGUUUGUUUGUUUGGUUUUGUUUUUCUUGCCAAAAAUGUUUUCCAACUUUUAUAUGCUUUUUGUCAUCUUAUAGCAUCAUGUUUUAUAAGUGAUGGGAAAAUACUAGUAAAUGAAUUUUUCCAAUUUCUCUAUAAGAAAAUUGAAAAGUGCUGAAAGCAUGGAAUGCUUUUGUUGACAUGCAUUUAUAUAUAAGAAUGAAAGUGUCUGUUUUUGUGAUGUAUGAUUGAAUUAAUAUUAGGAAUACUAUGUAUGAUUUAAUUGUGUAAAGUGAAUAUUGUGUACAAACUAAUUGUAAUAUAUAUAUUGUUACAGUAUUUAUUUAUUGAAGAGAUUGUCAAAUACACAGAUAUGAAGUUUAUUUUUAAUUUGUAAGAACUACAUGUGUUUGUUAGGUCAACUAUCCGGAAAUGAAUUCUUAUUUUGAUCAAGGAAACUUUGAAGCACAAAUUCUAUUGUUUUAUCCAGUGACGUAAUCCCUUUCCAAUUAUUUUUUUUUUAACAGACCACUCUCAAUUUGAAAGAUUACAUAGUUUUUAAGAACGCAAGAUUUGUUCUUGAGCAUUACUAGUAGUUAAGACUUCUGAAUUAAAGCAAGUUAAUUUUGUCCAAUUUUGGCAUAUAUUUUUUGGUUGCAAGUUGAAUAACAGCCAGUUUGUUUUUUUCCCUGAAUGUGAAUGAAAUACUGAAAUUAGAAUUUCAUACUCUAUAUUUUUCUUCAUGAUAGAGUAUAAAAGAUGUUUACUGAAAAAUGUUUACUGGAUAAUUUCAAAAAAGGGUCAGUUAGAAAAAUAAGUUUAUUUAAUGAAGUAGGAAAAGCAAACAAUGAAAAUUCCUCCUAAGUACUGUUGUAUUUAAGGCUUCAGUAUGAAUGUGAAGAAAGAAAAUCUGUGAGCGGAGAUGUCUUUCCUUCAAUUAGAUAUUAAUUGAUGAUUAAUCUACUGUGAUAUCAGAAUGCAAACUGCUUAUAUCUAUCAGGGGGGGGAAUGGAAAAAGGAAAAUAAAGGCCCUCUGCUACCUCAGAUAUUGAAGAUAAAAGUAUUAAUUGAUUUGUUCUGUCAUAUCACCUUUAUUUUCACACAGAUGCCUUAGUUUAAAACAAGAAAUAUUCCAGCUGAAUUUCGCCAUUUAUCGAGGCUGUAUUGUUUUGAAUAUUUGUGAUUUUAGAAAGGAUGUGCACCAGUUUAAAAAAUGGUUUCUCUUUUUUCAUGUGUGCAUGUUUUUGUGUGUAGAAUUUGGAGAGCUUGUAUCUUGUGUCUUUACCAAGCAGGGACCUUGUUUGUUUUUUUCCAGGGGAUGUUUUGAUCCUGUCUUGUUUGCUGUGAUAUGCUGUUCAUUUGCUUUGUAAUUUGAACAACGAAUGUUUUAAUUCCUCCCUCAUCAUUACCAAAAACCUUUCUUUCUGACCCAAUGAAAAAGCUUAAUUUAUUUAAUUAAUGAAUUUACACAUCUUUUGGACUGAAUUUCAUCCUGUUUUUAAGUUAUCUAUAUUCCAAUGUAUUUCCUCCAAAAAGGGAUCAAUAUUAAGGAAAGGUUGGAAUUUUCCCCCUUAUUGCAUGUAAGCCAUUUUGAAUAGCCAAACUAAUAUAUUAGGUUUUGUCCAUGACUUAAGAUUAUUUGUUACUGUAAAAAUGGAUGGUACUAUAUUCAUAUACAGUUUAACAUAGUUAUGCGUGUCUCUGCUCACUUGCCUCAUUGAUGCCCGAGCUAAAUUGUUCUUUGUGAAUGUGCAACCUUUUUUUUUUUUGAAGUAAUUUUUACUAUGCUGAGAUGAUUAUCCAAAAAAUUGUGCAUGGGAAAACACAUUUAUGAAGGGUUUAUUUUGGACACUUAAUCAUCAGGAACCUUCAUUUUUGUUUAACUGAAAAAUAAUAACAUAUUGUGUUUUGUUACUGGCAGGAGUUUGAUAUUGGAGAGAUCAAAAUGAAUACAUUUUAUUUCAUAUACUGGUAAUUAAAAUGUAACAUUCUGUUGUACUGUUGAAGUGGACAUACUGUAUAUAGGGUUAUUUUCGCCCGUGUUAUUUUCGCCCUGUGUUAUUUUUGCUUUUCUUCAUUUGCAUACAGUUUCGCCCCAUCUUGAAUUCGCCCAGACAUAGUAGUUUUUAAAGAGAAAUUAUUUAAGACAUUAAAACCAGCUUAGUUUUAAAUUGGCCCGCUGACAACGAGGGCAAACGGGGGCGAAAAAAGGGGACGAAUAUUUCCCUGUAUACAGUGUUAACAUUUUAAAUUGAAAUAUCAUUUUUGUUACUAUUAAUUUUGGUAUGUAAUGGUUGUAGGAGCUUGGUUUAAAGAUAUCAAAAGCAGUUAUAUAAAAUCAAACCGGUUACAAGUCGUACUACUUUAAAUACUUGUAUGAUUUGUAUUUAACUGUACCUGCAAUUGUUUUCUUAUGAAUGGGUAAACAACUUUGUGACUUAAUAUUAACAAGAGGGAAGGUUAUUGAUAGCUACAGUGCAUUUCUAUUUUUUUUCCUUCUUUUUUAUGGGUGAUUAUGUCACUUUAGGUCAAUUUUAAAGUCAGAAGAUCUGUGUAAAUGGGGUACAUGUACUUAUUGAAUAUGAAUUCAAUUUGUUAAUAUUUGUGUGUGAUAACUUGAUGAAUGUUUUAAAACAAUUUACUCAGCUGGCUGAUAGGUGUUUUUUUCUGAUUGUAAAAAAAGAAAGAGUAAACCAAAUUAGAAAUUGUAUGUGAAAGAAAGAACAAGAAAUGUUGGUUUUGAUUCAGGACUAUAUCCACAAGUGUUCAAUUUAAAAUGUGCCAGAUUUUCUCUCCUCUUCUUGUGUGUUAUCUUAUGAUAAAAAAAAACAACUAAUAGAGCAGUCUUUGCAGUAUUCUGAUGUCGUUAAUUAGCAUGGUGUCACAUCAAAAUGUGUGCCAAACUUAUCGCAUAUGUAGACCAGUUAAACUGUGUAUUGUGAAAUAUCUUGAAUAAAGUGUUGAACUUAAAUUAAAA